ACCGGACUCGUUCUUUAGCAGUUCUCUUUCUUCUAUUUUCUCUCUAAUUGUACGGCUGGCGAUUACGUCACAGGGUUAAUCGGAAGAAAAAGAGAAUAGUAUGCCGGCUGCCACGUGCCCCUUUGCCUCUUCCUCCACCGCGAACUCCACUGCGAACGGUGGCGGAGGAGGAGAGAUCAUGCUUUUCGGAGUCAGAGUGGUGGUUGAUUCGAUGAGGAAAAGUGUUAGUAUGAACAAUCUUUCUCAAUAUGAACAGUCUCAUGAAUCUAACAAUAAUAACAAAAUUAACAACAACAACAACAACAAUAAAGCAGACGACAACGCCACCGCCUGUUACGCUUCCGCCGACGACGCUGUUCCUCAUUCCACCGGGAAUCGCGAGCGUAAACGAGGGGUACCAUGGACGGAGGAAGAGCACAAGCUUUUUCUGUUGGGGUUGCAAAAAGUAGGGAAAGGGGAUUGGAGAGGGAUUUCUAGAAACUUUGUGAAGACUCGAACGCCCACACAAGUGGCGAGCCAUGCUCAGAAAUACUUUCUCCGACGAACCAAUCUCAAUCGCCGCCGUCGUAGAUCUAGCCUCUUCGAUAUCACCACCGAUGCGAUAGCGGCAAUUCCAAUGGAAGAAGAGCAAGUUCAUCCACAAGAGAACACAACUCAGCCAGCCGAAACCAAUGGGUUUCUCAUGAUGCCGGCGGCUUUUUCUAUGCCUGUUAAUCCGGUAGUUCUACCUGUUCCAAUUGAGAAUCCUAUGGAAAAUCUGACACUAGGGCAAGGGAAUCAAUCCAUUAAUAAUGCAACAACAAAGCUCAUCCGUCCAGUUCCUGUCUUCCUAGCUCCUCGGCCAUCUGAUCUUAACUUGAACUUGAAUUCAGUCAUGGAUCCUUCACCAUUGUCACUGAAGCUGUCUUUACAAUCUGAUCAAAUGGAUUCUACUUCUUCAUCUUCUAGGCAUUCUGCCUUUCAGGUGAUCCCAAACUUCAGCAAUGGAGAUAGCAAUAGCAUCAUCAGUGUUGCUUGAGAAGGAUAAAAGUAAGCAAAGAAGCAAGGUAAAAUUAGGUGACUGGGUUUGAAGCCUUUGUUUAAGAUGUACAGACAAAAACAGAAAAAAAACUGUCGUGUCUUGUUGCUUUCGUUGUUUUCUGUUGCUAUUAUGUUAGAAUCUUGUUCAUUUGUCCCUUUUUGCUCUGCUAGCUGAUAAUAUAACUGAAAAAUAACAAGUGCUGUCUCUGUUCAUUACUGAUCUUGCAAUCUUGGUGGGUCUAUUCAUAUGACUUUCUUGUGGUCUUAAUGGCUUAACGAGGGAGCCCAAGAAACAAAGCAGAAAGAAAUAUCAAGCUGGGUUAGUGGUAGGGAGGCAAUAUUUUUGUUAUUUUCGGAAUUUGAAUUGUUGAAUAAAGCCCUUAUUAAAUGAAUGGUAGAUGGUUGUUGGG